AAAGAGUUAGAAAACAGAGCCCUAAAUAGAAUUAAAAAUAAACCUUCUUUUACUGUCAACUGUCAACUUUUUACAUUGACAUUUUGACACUUCACUCAUUUUCUUUCUGUCUCUUUUCUUUUGUCAAAACAGGCGAAAGGUAGUGUAUCAAGAUGUUGAUGCCAAAACAAAACCGUGUCUCUAUUUAUGAAUACCUUUUUAAAGAAGGUGUUAUGGUAGCGAAGAAGGACUACCAUGCACCCAAACACCCAGAUCUUGAGAAGAUUCCUAACCUCCAAGUUAUUAAAGCUAUGCAGUCUUUGAAAUCUAGAGGAUACGUCAAGGAACAGUUUGCGUGGAGGCAUUUUUACUGGUACCUCACAAAUGAAGGUAUUGAGUACUUGAGAAUCUUCCUUCAUUUGCCCCCUGAAAUUGUACCAGCUACCCUCAAGAGAUCAGUACGUACUGAGACUGUAAGGAGAGGUGCCGUUGGCCGCCCUGAUGCCCCAGCUCGCUCGGCUGAAGAUCGCUCUGCAUACCGUCGUGCUCCCACUACUCCUGGUGCUGGUGGACAUGAUAAGAAAGCUGAUGUUGGUCCAGGAUCUGCUGGUGUUGAAUUUAGAGGAGGAUUCGGACGAGGCAGGCCAGCUGCACCUUAAUUAAGCAAAAUAAAUAUAAUUCUGUAA